ACAAUACAUUGAUUCUAAGAGGGAAGGUAAGGGGUUAAAAAAAAAAAAAAGAAAGGCUAGAUGAGACUUGCUGAAGACUAAGGCCAUCUCUUUCAUGGUUUCCCCCUGGGUCUUCAUACUUGGAUGGUUGAUGAUCAAUGUUUCACUUUUCUUUCCUUUAGGCGGCGGUGUCUUUCCUUCUGCUAUGAUGCCAGGGCAGAUCCCAGACCCUUCUUUGACAGCAGGUGCUCUGCCAGGUCUUGGCCCCCUGACGGGACUCCCUGGCACUGCACUGACCGCAGAGGAGUUGAAAUACGCUGACAUCCGUAACAUUGGUGCCGUGAUCUCACCCUUACAUUUCCUGGAGGUGAAAUUGGGGAAGAGACCUCAGCCAGUGAAGAGUGAGCUAGAUGAGGAAGAGGAACGGAGGAAAAGACGCCGGGAGAAGAACAAAGUGGCAGCAGCUCGAUGCCGGAACAAAAAAAAAGAGAGGACAGAGUUUCUGCAAAGGGAAUCGGAGCGCUUGGAACUCAUGAAUGCAGAACUGAAGGCACAAAUUGAGGAGCUCAAGCAGGAACGGCAGCAGCUGAUCUUAAUGCUAAACCGACAUCGUCCCACUUGUAUUGUGAGGACGGACAGUGUGAAGACUCCGGAGUCUGAAGCCAACCCACUACUGGAACAACUGGAGAAGAAGUGAAAGUGGGUUGGGAGAAGAAAGAAGAGGAGGAUGAGGAGGGAGGAGGACGUAGGGUCCCACUCGGGCCCUUUGUUUAUGUGUGAAAAACUUUGCAACAAGGCUCAGCACCGCCACAAUACAGCGGGCUUCUUUGUGGAAUACAGACCAGCAACACAUGGGGAAGGGAGGGUUGAGGGAAACUCUUGAGAUCAGUGAUGAUGAAUCGAGACCAAAGUCGAAACAGGGGAAGGGGGUGAUCCAGUGCCUAGGGUUACAGUGAUGAGGGAGAAAAGGGUGACUGAAGGAAGGGACCCCCCGCCCCCAACCUCCGUGGCUACAGUCUCUUCUCCCAGCCUUUCCCAUCAGUGUCCCUGUCUUUGUGACAGCUACUGGCAUUGGAAAAGUUGAAAACAAAAAAAUCCCAAUGGAGUUCAGAAUGGAAUUUCAGAAACUACCACCCAGCUCCUUACCCCCAAGUAAUAAAGCAGAGCAGGAGAGGGAUGUGAUACAGGACCAACAAGCGCUGCCAGUGGCCUCCAUCUGCAUGUCCCUGUUCAUCGUCAUCCCCCCGGAUCCUGCCCAUGUUCUUCCUGUGUCCCUGGGAAGACCCCUCCUUAACAGACCUCACUCCCUGCUGGAGUUUGCUGUGGGCACUGAGGCGCGGGCGCCCUUCCAAAGCACAUACUCACUAAUGUUUACAGCCUGGCUGUCCCGGCAGUGCUUUAACUGCACAUUUUUACACUUCUCUCUUUUUUUUUUUUUUUAAUAUUUUUUACAAAAAGAAAAAAGGUUUUAUACAGCAAUAUAUAUAUGGAUUUAUAUAAUCACUCGACGUGAUAUGGUAUAAAUAUGUUAUGGUUUGUUUGUUACGAACAAAUACUCAACAGUUAUUGCCAUUGUGUGUAAGUCAAUGUUAAGUGCUGUAGUCCCUGGGCGCCCUAGGGCUGGUGCCCGUGGAGGGGGUGCCUGAUGAUGCCUGAUGCAGUGAUCCCGAAGGGGGUGAUGCCCAUUUCCAUCCGUGUAAGCCCUUCAUAGUACUCAGUCCUGUAUCGCUCAGUAAACGUUACUCUUACUUAG